UGAUCCAGAAUAUCUCUGGACAGAAGCAGGGCCUGGCUGGGCUUUCCCUCCUUGAUGGGCCUCUCUGCCGUGCAAGUGGAGGACCUGGGGAAGCACACCAGUCCCUGGAGCUCGUUCUUAUCUUGAGGAAUGAGUGGGGAAGCUAGUCUCAUAGGAGAGAAACUUUCAGGUCUAAACGUCUUCAGUCAGAAGGAACGGAGACUUGGCUUUGUUUUUCCAUAGCAGCAGCCCCAAACUUGUGUCUGUUGGUUCGCCCAGAGGAAGGGAAAUUAAAAUAACUACAUAACAGCCUCAAGACCCAAGGGGGAAAACCCAAAGGGUCAGAAAUGGAACCUUGGGUUCCCCAGAGGCCAUCUCAGCCACAAGGGAGGCCCAUGACACCAUCAAAGGAUGCGAAUAGAGGCCUCCAGAGUGGACUUUAUAGACCCCGUUCUCACCCUCUGUACCACCAAUGGCAAGAUGCCCGCAGGAGCUCAAAGCCACAGCAGGAGCCCAGGGCUGACCACCAACAGCUCCACUAUGCACCCAGACCUGGGGAGUGGUCCCAGCCUGUGUCCAGAGCUGACUACUUGAAAGGAUCUUAUCCUAGUCAUGUGUACUCAAGAUCAGGCUACGAGGACCCCUAUCAGAGGUACCACACUCCGACCCCGAGGGAUGAAUAUGCUUACAGAAAUUAUUACUACCACGGACACCCACAACUGUUGCAAGAAGAAAGAGCAGCAAGGCAAGGGAGUCCUUCUGCCUGGCAUGAAGAUUAUGGAGACAAAAAGUACUUCAGUGAGCAUCGACGAGAAAAGCGCAAUAGCUUGUUGGGAACAAAUAGCGAGACCCAAUUCCAACACACCAGCAAGAAUCCAUACCAAGAUGGCCCCGCUUCUAUCUCUGGACAGGAGCAGCCUGGGGAGUUCUUCCCAGGGAGUGAGGCCCAGAAACGAAAGCCAUCGCUGACCAGCAAAUCCAACCUUCUCCAGCACCACGAGUCUGGCCUCAGCUCUAGCAGCUAUGAGCUCAGCCAAUACAUGACAGAUGCCCCUGAGCAGUACGAACCAAUGGUCUCGGCAUCUUGGAGGCCUAUUCAGGAUGAUGAUACCUCAGCAGCUGUCCCCAAGACACCCAUGAAGUUUUACAAUCCCCACGUGUCUGUGAGUUUUGGACCAGGAGGCCAGCUAGUAUGUGUGUCCCCGAACUCUCCUGCUGAUGGACAAACGGCCCUUGUUGAAGUGCACAGUAUGGAGGUUUUACUUAAUGAUUCUGUGGAUCAAGAGGAGAUGAGAGGUUUCCCAGGGCCCCUCAUCAGGGAGGACAUACACAAGGUGGAUAUCAUGACAUUUUGCCAGAAGAAAGCCGCUCAGUGUCUCAAAUCUGAGUCACCAAGGAGCAGGGACUCAGCCCUGCUUUGGCAACUGCUGGUUCUCCUUUGUAGACAGAAUGGGUCCAUGGUGGGGUCCGACAUUGCAGAGCUGCUGAUGCAGGACUGCAGGAAGCUGGAGAAGUACAAGAGGCAGCCCACGGUGGCCAACCUCAUCAACUUGACCGAUGAUGAGCACUGGCCGGAGCAGAGCUCCGGGACUCGCAACCUGCUCACUGGGGAGAUUCCCCCCAGCGUGGAGACGCCAGCACAGAUCGUGGAGAAAUUCACCAAGCUGCUCUACUAUGGAAGGAAGAAGGAGGCUUUAGAGUGGGCUAUGAAGAACCACCUGUGGGGCCAUGCCUUGUUCCUAGCCAGUACGAUGGACCCAAGGACCUAUAAUUGGGUCGUGAGUGGCUUCACCAGUACACUGGCACUCAACGACCCCCUGCAGACCCUUUUCCAGCUCAUGUCGGGAAGGAUCCCAAAAGCAUCCACGUGUUGUGGAGACAAACAGUGGGGAGACUGGAGACCCCACUUGGCUGUGAUCCUGUCAAAUCAGGCUGGGGACAAAGAGUUGUAUCAGCGAGCGAUUGUCAACAUGGGGGAUACCCUGGCUGGGAAAGGGCUUGUGGAAGCAGCUCACUUCUGCUAUCUCAUGGCCCCCGUACCCUUUGGCCACUACACGGUGAAGACAGACCAUUUGAUCUUGGUGGGCAGUAAUCACAGUCAAGAGUUUUUGAAAUUUGCAACAAUCGAGGCUAUCCAGAGGACGGAAAUCUUCGAGUACUGCCAGAUGCUGGGCCGCCCCAAAUCCUUCAUUCCUUCUUUCCAGGUGUAUAAGCUCCUUUAUGCCUCCCGUCUGGCAGAUUAUGGCCUGGCAUCCCAGGCCUUGCAUUACUGUGAAGCCAUUGGUGCGGCUGUCCUGAGCCAGGGAGGGAGCAGUCACCCCGUGCUAUUAGCGGAGCUCAUCAAGCUUGCAGAGAAAUUGAAGCUGUCAGAUCCUCUGGUUUUAGAAAGACGCGGUGGGGACAGGGACCUGGAACCACAUUGGUUAGUGCAACUGCGGAGGAAGCACAAGGAGCUGGAGCAAACUAGAGCAAGAUGCAGCAGAGUACCUGAUUCUACUCCUUCAGAUAUUUAUGGAGCCAGAGCAACAACAGCCACCCCCUAUCAGGAUCUUUCAGGAUAUCAAAGCUACUCGGAGGACCCUGGGUACAGCUCAUCCCUGUGGCCGACACCUGAGCAGUCAGGCCUGCCCCAGCCCAUCCCACAGCAGCCUUUCCCACAGCAGCGAGAUACCUACUCAGAGAGAGAAGGUUCGGGGUCCAUGGGAACCCCAGUGCCUCUUUACUCCGUUCCCGUGAACCCCUCAUCAGUGACGAGCGGCGGCAGCAGCAGCAGCAGCAGUGUGGCAGUGACAGGGCCUCCUGGAGGAAGGGUUGAAGAGGAAAUGCUGCGAAUACAUCCUGCUUUUGGAGAGAACAUGGCAGCUCACGAACCCCUACAGAAUCCUGAGGGUCUAGAGGUCAUUUCCGGUCCUCAGGCACCACCUGUUCCCGGGGCUCAAAGGUUUUCUGAGGAUUCCACCAUGUCAGCCAAAGAGGAUGAGGAGAGGUCUUCUGAUGGAGAAGACAAACCAUCUCACCAAGAUGCUUCGCAGAGAGGAAAGCCAGGGGAAGGGAAAGAGAACUCAAAGAGAUCUGGAUUUGGCUGGUUCAGCUGGUUUCGAUCAAAGCCCGCCAACAGCAUGUCCACCUCUGGAGAUGAAGGCUCUUCAGGCAGUUCUGACUCCGAGCAGAAGUCUCCUAGAUCAUCACCUUCUGGCCAUACUGGCCAGGGCCUCUCACCAACACCUCCUCACGGGGCUCCAUCUCUACCAGGUGCCAGCACCUUCUCGAGAGGCACAGGUGGGAUUGGUCCCCAGGGAUCAUCAAACAACAGUGGAGUAGCUGAAGGAGCUGGGACUGGAGGGUCCUCGGAGGUACAGGGUGUUUCUUCUGAGUUCUACUCCCAGCCCGGAGCUCUCCCUCCUCCACCUACCUUGCAAGGCGCUGUUCCUCUCUACAACCCAUCUCAGGUCCCUCAGCUUCCCACUGCUACUAGCCUGAAUCGGCCAAACCACCUAGCCCAGCGCCGCUAUCCAACCCAACCAUGCUGAGAAUGAUCAUUUGUCCCAGGAGCAGGGGAAUGACCACCCACCCUGGGACACCUCCCAUAGCACAGCUUUCUGUUGCUUCCCGCUUCUCGGCGUUCUUUUCACCCUUGCCACACAGAGGGUACCUGGGGAUCAGAGGCAGGAUCUCCCUGGAUACAGCUUGGUCCAAGCUUCAGCUCAGCUUUAGAGCGAUAGGAAUUAUCUCAUCAGGCAGAGAAACAGGCAACAAUGUCCGUGGCUGAGGGUCAUGGUGGCAGCACUUGAAAUGGAAGCUUGAGAGGCUGAAGAAAAUGAGGACCCUGGGAACCCCAUGGCGAGAACCAAAGAUGACACCACUGGACUACACAGCAGGGGCUUGGAGCAACAUCCCAGAAUAACUUGGACUUCUUCCUUAGAUUUGUUUAAAGACCAGCUUACGGCUCUUGUUAGCAAAGUUUUUACAUUGAAUUUGAGUAUUGCUGCCCUUCAGUGAUUCCCUUUUCAGUGACAUCUCAGCAAUUUUCCUCCUGGUCCUAGUUUUUUUGUGCACAUUUUCUGUGUGGUUCAGACUAAUUAUAUUUCUCUCACUUUCUUAGCUGGUCCUAUUUUUUUUUCACAUUCUGACAUCUGGCUAUCAAGUUAGAUUGCUGUAGGCAUCACAUUGUCAUGGUAACUACUGAACCUAAUGAUGCAGAUGGGUGGAAUAUCAGUAUAAUAAAUAAUGGAAAACGUUUCCUAAAACGUCACCCUCUCCGUAAGAGGGGGGACUGAGUGCCUCAUAUUAUUAAUACCUGCCUUCCUACCUCAGGCCUUUGCAAAUUGAUGUUCUGAGGGUCACUGGAGCCUGAGAGAGGAGGGAGGUGUCUUGGAAAUUUCCAUUUUUUCCCCCUUUCAAACCUCAAAUAGGAAUGAUUCUUGCUGUUUGUCAGAUUUGCUUAAAAUUGCUCCUCACAAAGAACAUUUUUUUUGUAUAUGUAAUUGUACAUAAAAGUUUUGUACUUUAAUGUACUAUGGUUCUGAUGUUGAUAGCGAUUAAAUCCAGAUAAUUUUAUAGCAAA